GUGACCGACUCUGGAUUCUCCCUCAUCCUGAUUGGUGUGCUGCAAUCACGUGAUUAGUGAAUGGCGACUGACGCUGCAAAUACAUAAUUGGGACACAACACCGUCAUGAUUCUUCGUGGACUUUAAGUGUGACUUACAAGGCAGGACCAGCCGGCUCUGACCACUUUCUUACCAAAUGACCGUGGUUGUGUAGCUCACCCUUGCCAAGGUCCACUGUAAUUUGGCUCACCGAAGAUCCACUGCAGUUAACGUUACUAAUUGAUUGUACUGUCCCUAUACAGUCCCUUUCACCCUGACAGCGGCUUUAGUUAAGGACCGGCUUAAUAAUUGCUACCAGUUUUGAAGGUUCUCUUCCCUUUCUCUCUCCCUCUGUCCCGCACCCGGGGCCUGGAUGCUGCAGGCACUGCCCAGGUUCAGUAGUGCAGUGGUGAGAGUGAGGAGGAUCGGGGCUCAAAUCACUGCCAUGGCUCUCAACCACCAGAGCAGCAGUGCCUCCUCCCAAGACCAGGGUGGUGUCGUCACAGCAGCCAUCCUCAUCAUUGGUGAUGAGAUCCUGAAGGGUCACACAGUGGACACCAAUAGUGCCUUCCUGUGCCGCAGCCUGCGCCAACUUGGUGUGAGCGUGCAGCGAAUCACCACGGUGCCCGACGUGCAGGAAGUCAUCGCCAAGGAGGUAGCCACCCUGGCGCCAACGGUCACACACCUCAUCACGUCUGGUGGUAUCGGCCCUACUCACGACGACGUGACCUUCGAGAGCGUGGCCCUGGCAUUCGGCGAGCGCCUGGCGCCGCAUCCGGAGCUGGCGCGGCUGGUGGAGGAGUUCUUCGGCGCGUCCGAUCCCAGCUCGCCCUCCAUGAAGCUGGCCGCGGUGCCCGAGUCGGCGCAGCUCAACUACGGCACCGACCCGCAGACGGGCCAGCGCAUGCGCUACCCGCUGGUGAGCGUGCGCAACGUCUACAUCUUCCCCGGCAUCCCCUCGCUGCUCGAGCGCGCCUUCCACGGCCUCUCGCACCUUUUCGCCGGCUCGGGCACCACCUUCCACACGCGGGAGGUGUUUGUGGACGCCGACGAGACGGAGAUCGCGCCCGUGCUCACCAAGCUCCAGAAGGGCUGGGGCAAGCGUGUGGCACUAGGCUCCUACCCGGACUGGCUCAGCAACUACCACCGUGUGCGGCUGGUGCUGGACUCGGACAGCCUGGAGGAAGUCGAGAAGGCCAGGGGGCAGCUCGUGGAGGACCUGCCCCCUGGAAGCGUAGUUCCGCUGGUCAAGGACCCGGUCUCCAUCGCCCCAAUGGAGGUGUACAUGCUGGCCAACAGUGGCUCCGCUCUGGGCGAUAAAGUGGCGUCGGCUUUGAAGACCAUCGAGACGGCGCUGGACCAGUAUGCGGUCAGUGAGACCUGUGUGGGCUUCAACGGAGGCAAAGACUGCACCGUCCUUCUGCACCUCUUUUACGCUGCUGUCCUACGACGUUGUCCUGAGGGUAAGGAAAAAGUGAAGUCUCUGUACAUCCGGAUCGUUUCUCCGUUCCCUGAGAUGGAAAGAUUUCUUCAAGAUACGAUAAAGAGGUACGACCUGGACCUGAUCUCGGUGGAGGGCAGUAUUCGGCAGGCCCUGAGCGAGGUGCAGCAGAGACGGCCGGAGCUGAGGGCCGUGCUGAUGGGCACACGCCGCAGUGACCCCUACUCACACACACUCACGCCUCUGUGCCCCACCGACCCCGGAUGGCCAGACUACAUGAGGGUCAACCCACUGCUGGACUGGACAUAUCAUGAUAUCUGGUCAUUCUUAAGGACACUCUAUGUGCCGUACUGUAUUCUUUAUGAUAAAGGGUACACCUCAUUGGGUAGCAUGGACAACACCUGCAGGAAUGAUUCGCUGAAGACGGUGGACGACCGGGGCAUCACCCGCUAUAAGCCCGCCUAUCACCUGGAAAACGAGGAAGAGGAACGUAACUCCAGAGCCUGAGGUCAUCUCUCUCUAGAUCUCACACACAUAGGACUUCUCAGCUCCAGAGCCUGAGGUCAUCCCUCUCUAGAUCUCACACACAGGACUCCUCAACUGUAGCCUCCUUACAUCCAUUCACCCAUUCACUUGCUCAUCCAAUCAUCCAAUCAACCAGCAAAGGUCAACUGAAUGUGAUGGACAGAGCAAAGAAGCAAAGUUGAAAGAAGAGUGGAAAUGUACAACCAGGGCAUUGUAGAUGCAAAUUUGGUGUGUGUGUGUGUGUGUGUGAGAGAGUGACAAUUGUUACCAUGUUUGUGUGCGUCUGUGUGUUUCUGUGUCUGUAUGUGUGUGGCUCAGUGAAGGGUUGUUGCUAUGAUUUCCAUGAAUAUCAUGGUUUAUAAUAAAAGACUUGAAUUUG